CUAGACCUCCCCCAACUGAAUUGUAUUCACUCUCGCUAUUCCUUCUUCUGGUAGGGAAAGGCUGAGAGCUGAUGGGAGCUUUUUUUCUCUUCUUAAACGCAAUCUACCUAAAGAACUUUUGUGAAAGACUGUAGCCUUUCAGAAUUUUAUACAACCUGUUGAUUUGGAAACUGGGUGCACAGAAGAUUGGGGUAUUUUCAGGGAGAAGACAGUUUGAUCAAACUGUCAAGGAUCUGGAGGCUGGGUGUUACUUACAAAACCAGAUGACAUGGCAAAAUCUGCAGUGCUUCAAGUGGUUAUUGGAAUCCUUUUUCACUCUAGCUGUGUCUUAGGAUCUUCUCAGCCAAUGCCAAGAGUCUACUUAACAUAUGAAGAACUACAAGCUACACAAACAUCCCAUCACCACAGCGUGUCUCAGUAUCCCAUGGACUACAGGAUUCUCCAAAUGGACGAAGACCAGGAUCGUAUUUAUGUGGGGAGCAAAGACCACAUCCUGUCAUUGAAUAUUAAUAACAUUACCCAAGAGUCAGUAACUGUAUUUUGGCCAGCAUCGAGUAGCAAAAUCGAAGAAUGCAAAAUGGCUGGCAAAGAUCCGACGUACGGCUGUGGCAACUUUGUACGUGUCAUCCAACCAUACAAUCGCACUCACCUGUACAUCUGUGGCAGUGGAGCAUUCAGUCCUGUGUGCACUUACAUCAACAGAGGUCGCAGGUCAGAAGAAAAAGUUUUUUUUAUUGACUCCAAGACUGAAUCUGGAAAGGGACGCUGUUCUUUCAACCCUACAGUUAAUACAGUUUCAGUUAUGAUCAAUGAAGAACUGUUUUCAGGAAUGUUCAUAGACUUCAUGGGUACUGAUGCUGCCAUUUUUAGAAGCCUUACCAAAAGAAAUGCAGUGAGGACAGACCAACAUAACUCCAAGUGGCUGAGUGAACCCAUUUUUAUUGAUGCACAGCUUAUCCCAGAUGGAUCAGACCCCAAUGAUGCAAAACUCUACUUCUUCUUCAGAGAGAGGCUGACAGACAACAAUGGAAAUACCAAGCACAUCCAUGCCAUGGUUGCUAGAAUAUGUCCAAAUGAUAUUGGUGGUCAGCGUAGCCUAGUGAACAAAUGGACAACUUUUUUAAAGGCAAGGCUGGUGUGUUCAGUCAUGGACGAUGAUGGCACAGAGACAUACUUUGAUGAGCUAGAGGAUAUAUUUUUAAUGGAAAUGGAAAAACCUAAAAACCUCUUGGUUUAUGGAAUUUUCACAUCCUCAAGUUCAGUAUUCAGGGGCUCAGCUGUGUGUGUUUACAAUAUGGCUGACAUUCUGACUGUGUUUAAUGGACCGUUUGCCCACAAGGAUGGCCCUAACCACCAGUGGAUUCCAUUUCAAGGAAGAAUCCCUUACCCAAGACCUGGUACAUGUCCUGGAGGAGCUUUCACACCAAACAUAGUGACGACCAAGGACUUCCCAGAUGAUGUAGUUACCUUUAUUAGGAAUCACCCCAUGAUGUACAAUCCAGUCUAUCCCAUGUACAAAAGACCAAUUGUUUUGAGGACUCACGCAGAUUACAAAUAUACAAAGAUAGCUGUGGACCAAGUAAAUGCUGCAGAUGGAAGAUACCACAUCUUGUUUCUUGGGACAGAUCGAGGAACUGUCCAAAAAGUAAUUGUCCUGCCGAGUAACAGAUCAAAAGAUGAGGCACUUAUCUUGGAGGAGCUGGAAGUGUUUAAGAAUCGUGCUCCAGUGACCUCAAUGAAGAUUUCUUCUAAAAAGCAACAGCUUUAUAUAAGCUCAGAAGAAGGUAUUACUCAGGUAUCUUUGCACCGAUGCCAUAUAUAUGGUUCAGCUUGUGCUGACUGUUGCUUGGCCAGAGACCCUUACUGUGCAUGGGACGGCACAUCCUGCUCCAGAUUUUACCCCACAGGAAAAAGGAGAAACCGAAGACAGGAUAUAAGACAUGGCAACCCGUUGACUCAAUGUAGGGGAUUUAAUCUCAAAGCAUACAGAAAUGCAGCAGAGAUGGAGCAGUAUGGAGUGAGGAACAAUACUGCUUUUCUGGAAUGUUCACCAAAGUCUCCACAAGCAACGGUUAAGUGGCUGAUACAGAGGCAAAAUGACAGGAGAAAAGAGGUGAAGUUAAAUGAGAAAAUCCUAUCAACAGAACAUGGGCUCCUUUUUAGAUCAGUCCAGGAUACAGACCAAGGCCUUUACUAUUGCUUGGCUACUGAGAAUAAUUUCAAACAAACUGUAGCCAAAAUAAACCUCAAGGUAUUAAGCAGUGAGCUGGUGUCCUCCCUGACUGACAAAAGGUCUCCAUGGUCCUGGGCCAGUUCUGUGAGUGGCUUACAGCUCAACCCCAAGGACUUUAUGGGGAUGUUCAGCCAUACCGAAAUGCAGGCAAUCAACCACUACUGCAAGGUGAACAGUCAACUGGGGCUGCCUAACAACCAGAAGCUGGGGAGCGACCUCACGAAACUCAAGCCUCUCACUGAUGGCAGGAAAAGUAGAAACAGGAGGAAUCAGUAGCCUGGGUCUUUCAUUGGGAACUUUAGGUGUCAUAGUUUUGAGCCCUGUGCAUGAGGAGACCAAUUUUGAAAAAGAAAAAUCUAGAAGUAAGCAUUGAAACUCAGGUAAUCUUAUGUGGCAUAUAUUGUCCAGAUUACUGUAAAUUAAGACCCAACAAUGUACACGUGUACUCAAUAUUGGCAAUUCAAAGAGGCAGUGUUUUUUUUUUUUUUUUUCCAUGACUGCAACCAAAGCGAUUAUCACCCAAAUCUGUCCAGUGUGACUGGUUGGUGGCAGGGAAUGGGAUUCUUUUAGGCUAAUAGUUUUAUACUAGAAUUCAACUGGAAUAGCUGGAAUAAACAGGGCCCUUACCAGACCCAACAAAAUCUACAUGGGGGCAGAUUAUGCAAAAGAAACAGGUUUAUUUUGUCAAAAGUGAGGCUGCCGUACAUAGGUUUCAAAUUUAAAAACCGUUAGUGAAAUAAGAGCUAGCUAGAAUGAUUCCUCUUUGUGAGUCAGGAGUGGUGGUUGUAUUUUAGUUUCAUGUAUAACAGUAUUUAAGAAUUGCUUCAAACCUAUGUGUUGUAAUAUGUUUUUACAGCAUUUUAAGUAGGCAUUAUGCUGUUCUGUUUAAACAUAGUGGCAUUUAUUUGAGAAUGUGUUUGUUUUAACCAUUGUAUUAAUAAAUGUGAAGGUUUUUUCAUUUUUGUUUUUUCACAUUUAAAUUUUCAGCUUUUAAAAUGUGAGAAUUGAACACAAUAUUACUACUUUGAAACAAGCUUAGGUGUAUCUACAGGAGGUCAAGAUCAGUAUAGUGCUGCAUAUGCCCAUAUGUACUGUGCAUACAAUAUCUGCCUCCAUGGUCUAUAAAACCUUGCAACCAAGAACAAAUGGCCAUUAAAAAUCAAGGUUUACUUUUAAGUUGCAUUCCAUAUUCCAUAUAUAUAUAUAUAUAUAUAUAUAUAUAUAUAUAUAUAUUAUAUAUAUAUAUAUAUAUAUAUGCCCUCCAUGUGUGCAGGAUAACCUGAUAGUCCAUUCUACUUAUUAGAUACACAACGACAAGCAUUUGUUUGAGGUGACACUUCUACUUCAAUGAUCUAAGCAAGGCUAUCUCUUUCCUCUGUAUCAGUAUUUUAUUGUAUUCAGUGAUGUUAGUACACCAUCAGGAUUAGUACAGAGUUAAAGGUGAUUGGUAACUAGGUCUAAUGCAGUUUAGAUCAUUCAAAUAGAUGUCACUUUUGUCUGGUAUACACUAACACAUGAUUGUACUGACAGAUAUACAAUCAUUUACACAGGUAUGAAUUCCAAGAUAUCACUUUGUAAAUUCAGAUUGGCCCAAGUAUGUACCUGAUCAUGUAAAUUUAUUGAGAAACCUGCACAAAAUAAGUGAGAAACCUGCACAAAAUAAGUAUGUAUUAAUUUGCUCCAGUGCAUAUUUUUUUUUUUUUUUUUUAAAUUGUGUUUUAGCUCUAACAGUAGUAUUAGUGUACUGUACAUGUUUUUUGUAGACUAUUUAAAGUCUUCCUGUUUUAAAGGUAAUGGCUAUACUGUAUAUAAUUUCAGUACAUUUUAUUAUACCUUGCUAGACUUAACUGCCAAAGGCAGCGAAAUACCAUUUAGAAAUUUGUCAAGAAAUUGCCUUUUAUUUUUCAUUAUUGUGUAGGUGUAGUUUUCUUCCAGUGCUUAAUAGUUUAGCAGAUAUAUGUGCUUGCAACUGUAGACUUGUUAAAAUGUAUUUAUGUUUGUAUUUUUUUUAUCCUGAAGAAACUGCCUACAAGUGAAUCUUCAGCUCAUUGUUCUUUUGUAAUUAUAUGGUUUUUUUUUUUAUUUAUUUAAAAAUGUUAAAUAUCAAUUGC